AACGUAUAUAGCUUCAGACUGUGCAUGUUUUCUAGGAAGUAUUGAACGACGGGUUGUUUCAUAAUACAGUCAGCAAAGCUUUGCGAAACUUGAGGAAAAUGUUAAUUUGAAGUUUUCAGACUUAUAUAAACAGGGAACUACUGGCAUUCAUUGACCUUCAUUAAUAUUCAUUUUAACGAAAUAUUCAAUUUCUCUUUUCUAUAAAACUGAUUUGCUAUUGUACAGUUAGAUAAUAUCUAAAGUUAUACAAGACACGCAGGCUAUCCCUUUGUAGACAUUUAACAUUAGCUACCGUUACCGGCUUUCAGACAGUCAAAACGUCACAUCGAUUCUGUCAAGAAAUCUUGCACCAGAUAAAGACGACUCAUCGUACGACUGCGUAAGUUUCACUGACAGUUGACCAUGGCAGCACUGGUCAGCGGUGUAUCUCAAGAAAAACUACGUCAGUGGAAACAAAAAGCCGGCGACUAUAUAGACGAAGCCAAGGACAAGCUCUAUGCUCUCAGCAAAGACAUAUGGAGCUGUCCAGAGCUUGCCUAUGAAGAAAAACAGUCCCACGACAGACUCGUACACUUCUUCACAGACGAACAGGGAUGGACUGUAGACAGUCACUACAAGCUGGAAACAGCAUUUCGGGCGACUUGGGGACCCGUUGGUGGCAAAGAGGGUGAUGUCGUUGUUAAUGUUGGUCUACUUUGUGAAUACGAUGCAUUGCCCGGUAUUGGACAUGCAUGUGGACAUAACCUUAUCGCAGAAGUGGGUGCUGCAGCAGCCCUUGGACUGAAGGGUGUGUUGGAAAGCAUAUCCGAGUGUCCUGUCCGCGUCAAGGUGACUGUGCUUGGAACCCCUGCAGAGGAGAAUUACGGGGGGAAGAUCGAUUUGAUUCUGGCUGGGGCCUUCGAGGGCAUGGACAUGGUGUUCAUGGCCCACCCUUCCCAGGAAGAUGCUCCAUACCUUCCGGAUGUGGCCGAGCAUGACGUGACGGUGAGGUACCAUGGGAAAGCUUCGCAUGCCGCGGCGUACCCCUGGGAGGGGGUCAACGCUCUGGAUGCAGCUGUCCUCGCGUACAACAACCUCUCUGUGCUCAGACAGCAGCUGAGGCCCGACUGGAGGCUGCACGGUAUCAUUAAACAUGGUGGAGUAAAGCCCAACAUCAUCCCAGCCUACACUGAGCUGGAGUUCUACCUUCGCACCCCCAAGCGUCACGACCUGCCUGCCAUCAGAUCCAAGGCAGAGAUGUGCUUCAGGUCUGCGGCCAUGGCAACUGGUUGCCAGGUGGAUCUCGAAUACGCCAAGCACGAGUACCACAACAUCCUCCGUAACAACACCCUGGACAGGCUGUACAAGACGAACGGAGAGGCCCUGGGCAUCGAUUUCACCACGGACCAGGAGGUGUUGACCACGUCCUCUGGCUCCACCGAUUUUGGAAAUGUGUCUUAUGUGGUUCCUGGGAUCCACCCCUACUUUUACAUCGGCUCUCAGGCCCUGAACCACACGGAGGAGUAUACAGCGGCAGCUGGCGCAGAGAAGGCCCAGUUCUACACCCUGCGGACGGCCAAGGUCCUGGUCAUGACCGCCCUGGACGUGCUCUUCUGCCCCGGGGUGCUGCAGCGGGUGCGGGCGGAGUUCAGCGAGGCCCUCCUGAAGGACGAGAGGGAGAGGAAGAGAAGGGCGGGCGGAGACAGCUCCGAGCCCAAGCACUGCGGGGGUGCGGCCGCGUUGCACUGAAGCGCAAGCGUCUCUUUCCACGCCCGCGGUCCACUGGGGUCUGUCCAUUCACAGUAACACCACAAUAACACCUCACAGCCAGACUCGCUCACAAGCACAGGCAGGUUGUACUCCUCGUCAGCCAAACUUCCCCUUUCCAUUCAUUUCAUUCAACAGUCGCGACUGGUGUUUGAUUGUGAGUGAAACUGUAAUUGAAAGAAGAAUAAAUGUUGAUUUGAUUCAGGCCUUUUGAUUCCAUCUCUGUUGCAGCUCUGCUGGUAUACUCUCCAAGCAGCUCAAUGACGUUAUAAUGCAGUAGUACUGGCACAAUUAUGGAAAUACUGUGCUUUUAUCUGUGCCUUUUCUUCUGUUGUUGUUUCUCUGAGGCAUAUACAUCUAUGUAGACAAUGUAACAAAUAUAAGUUUAUGGAGAAAAGUACUGGACAUAGAAAUAAACUUUAUGCUGAUUUUACAUUUUCCAAUAGUAAGAUAGAUUGGACUGUUUAGUUAUGUAGGUAUGAACUAAUAUGAACAGGAUAGGAAGGUGUAAUGAGUAUUACACAAAUGGUAAUUAUUUCUUCUUUUUUUAAUGUUGAUAUUACACUUAUUACAGAUUACAUGUAUUGUGACAAAAAAGGAAAUUGUUGCAAAAUAUUGCAUUAAUCCUCAAAAUCUCUUUAUAAAUGCAGUGUUUCCAUAAUUUGUGUCAGUGCUGUAAGACUAUGCUAACAUUUGCGCUAGCCUGUAAUGGUGGUACGCUAAUUCAGAAUUAAAUAUAAGAUAUAUAAAGUGCCCUGAAUAAUGGCAACUGCUAAAUAUAAUGCAAAUUAUAUAAUAUAAUGCAAUACCCCUUCAUCUUGACCCUGGGAUUCCACACAUUGUUACCUCAUUAAAUACCCUUACGGAAAUGUGAUAUGUUUGAAAAUACAUUGAAAUAAACAACAUAUUGCAAGAUUUCACGAUAUAUUGGUAAAUAUAUGGAUGAUUCCCACUUUAGGAUAUUAUAAUGUAUUAUAUUGCAUUACAUUACAUGGCAUUUAGCAGACGCUCUUAUCCACAGCGACGUACAACAAAGUGCAAAUCAAACACUAGAACAAGUGCAAAGAGGACCUGAGAAGAUUCUUUCAGAAUGUCCACAUAUUUAGGAUGUAAUAGUACAUUCCUUUUGGUAAGGGUAUAUAAUUAAAAUAUCACACUAAACUAUGUUGUUUACUUCACAGUGACCCCCAUGCAAAGUCACAAAUAUACUGCAUACAGGACAAACUUAUUUGAUGGUUGAAACACAGGGUACUCUUCAAGGGGUUAUAAACAGUUGUGUGUUCAGGCAGAAUGUAAUAUUCCUUAAGCAAUACUAUUGAAUGACUGCACUGUAUUAAGUGAAUGCUAUAUUUUAAUAAAGCACUGCAAAACAUAACCAAUAUA